AUGCAGUAUUAUUCCAAGGAUUCUGGAAUUUAUUACACGCCCGUGAUAGGCGCUUCGCCUCAGGAAAGGCAUACUUUCAUGCCAACGGCGCCUUUUAUGUCACCUGGGUUUACGGCACAUCCCGGCUACUUUGGCGAGUACCCUGUUCCCACUCCCAACCAAUACGCGGCCUACAGCCCCAAUAACCUAAGCAGGCAAAGCACCAUCUUGAAUCAGAGGAUGAACACCUCAGGUUCGAAGCCCUUCUGCCAGGGGGUGACGUCGUUCGGGUCUCCAAAGCCGACCAUUCUGUUCAGGAGGAGGAACUCGACGAACCCUGUUAAGAGCAACGGCAAGCCCAAGGCUUUCGGCAGGACCCACAGCAGUGCCACGAACAACUCGAGGGUCUUUGUCCCCAAGGUGUACACCACUGACGUCUACCCCGUUAAGUUUCCAGUGCAGGCCAAGGGGAAGCAGAACGACGUGAAGCUGGCCUUCGGCACUCCUUUCAGCAACGCCUCCACCAUAGUUUCCAGGAACAACACCUUGAAUAGGCAUUACAGCGACCUCAGCGGCUACGGUUCCGAGGUCAGCUAUGCUAUGCGUCCAAGAGCCUCGAGGAGGAACCCUAACUUCGUAAAGAGCUCUCCUCUCGAUAAGGCGUUCAGGAGCUUCAAAAGGGACUUCGAGCUCCCUAAGGUCGAUCCCAAGGAUGCUGUGGAGUUCAUUGAGGGCCUCGUUCUCGCUGCAUUGGGCAUCGUCAGGGCUAUUCUCAAGGAACUGAGGGCUGACAUAAUUGCCGGCAUGUUCAUUUCCGAUGACCCUGACUAUGACGCCGCCAGGUCGUACUAUUACACCAGCAAUGGCCAGGAUUACCGCCACUCCGGCUUCACUGAGAGGAUAGACUACAUUCAGGCCAUUGAGAACGAGAAAAAGACCGUGUUGGCUGAGAAGAAGGAAAGCGUUCGCAUUGAGACGAUGCGCGAGUAUUCCAGCUUCAGAAACAAGGACUUCAUGGACAUGACUGAGAGGGAGUUCGAGGAGUUCCUCCUCAGGCAGGCCUACCCUAACGCACCUCAAUUCGUAAGUUAA